AUGCUGGAGCCAGAAAAUUGCGGCGACAACUCCCCAGCUCCCUCUUCAAACAUCUCUUCCCUCGACAUAGAAGACUACGAGCCGCUCAGCCCAGCAGAGUACACCAUCAGCAGACAGGACACCACAUUCAUAAUAGACCCCAGGCCUGCAGCAGACAUCACACAGGAGGCAGCACGAGGCAUGGACGACAUCGAUACCGGUGCAGACGCGCAGCAGCAGCCGGAAGCAGUAGCCUCAGAUCAGCCCGCGCAGAACAGCCAGGCAGGUGAUAGCGAUGCAGCCGCCAGUCCCACAGCAGCUGUGGACGAUGACAGUGAACGGCGUGAGUCUGGCGCCGCUGCCGGGCCGUCGCAGGACUCACCCGUGCAGAUCCAGGACUCACCGGUGGAACUUGUGUCUGACAGCGAAGACGACCACAUGCCGCUCGGCGCGCUCAUGUCACGAGGGUCCGUUGACCUUCAGGAGAGCGACGUCGUGCAGCGCCCGGAGGGGCUCGCGCCAAUCCGCGUCAACGGCGCGCCGCGGCCAAUGUCGGCCGCCGAGAAGCUGCGCCUGACGAUGAUCGACUCGCCGACCCCGGCGCCGCCGACGCCGGGCGCCGGCGUGGACACCGCCGCAGAUGGUGCGGCUGCGUCAGCCGGGAACGGCGUUGCAGACAGGCCGGCACAGCCGGCGGCAGCCGCCGAGAAGCCGCCGUCGCCGGCCAGCACGGCGGUGGACACGCAGGACGGCAGCAGCAGCGAGGAGGAGGAGGAGGAUGACUCAGCGCCGCAGAGCGGGGCUCAGUCGGCGCGGCAGGGGAGCAACCAGCGGAGAAAGCGGCGGAAUCUGCUGCCAGUCAUGAAGAAGGCGUGCAUAACAGUGCGCGAGCAGAUGAUCAAUGAGAUGGGAGAGAAGGGGGAGCUGCCGGUGUCUCUGCUGCCAAAGCUGAGCCAGAAGGGCAGCAACAUCCUGCCUGCAUCAGCCCCCUCACGGCCUGCAGCCCAGGACUUCAGCGCGCUGGACAAGGAGGAGGAGAAGAAGAAGCUUGACCCGUUCCAGGAGACGCUGAAGCAGAUCAUCGGCCGCUCCGGCGGCGUGGUGCAUGCGAAGCAUCUGGAUCGGCUGCUGCGGCUGCUGGACGACUCCAACAACACCCACAAGCGCCUUGUCAUGCUCACGGUGGUGGAGGGCAGCAGCUCGGAGGUGAAGGCCGCAUUUGUGCACAGCCGCGGCCUAAAUAAGUUACUAAGCUGGCUGGAGGCGGCGGACGGGGGCGUUCCCAAUUCCAUCGCCCUCGCCAAGAAGGUGCUGGUCACCCUGAGGAAGCUGCCUGUCGACGUGGAGGCUCUGCAGGGCAGCAAUGGCGGCAGGCGCAUGAAGAAGAUGAGCAGGACUGGGCCAGAAUCACUGCGGCAGGGGGCUGCGCAGGUCUUGGAGUUCUGGGUGAAGCUGGUGGAAGCUACACAGGCCGCUGGGGGACCAAGCAAACGGCCGGCUCCUGCUGAAAGCAAUGGGGUUGCUCCAAAGAAGCCAAAGACCGAGGCAUCCAGCAGUCAGGCGACAAAUGGCAAGCCAGGCACGCCCAGGGCAGGAGCACAGCCGAAGCAGGCAGACACCGGCAAGACUUCUCAGGCGAAGGCCGCCGCGCCAAAAGCAGGAGCCGCCUCCGCAGCCGCGGCACAGAAACAGGAAUCUGUGCCGCAUUUGGCUGUGCUUGCGGCUGCUGACCUGGACGAGCCUGUGAAGGCUGAGCCUGCUCCGAAGCCCAAGCCCAAGCCUACUGUGCGAGACGCGCUGUACAACCCAAAGAAGGUGCAUCAGCUGAAGGUGCUGGACGACGAAGCCGCCCAGAAGCUGGCGACAGACCGCGCCGAGGCAGCUGCCCAGAAGGCGCCGGCAGCUGACGAUGCCGCUGCGUCAACCUCAACCGCUGGCGCCAAUGGCUCCGCUGCUGCCUCCUCUUUCAGCACAGCAGCAAUUGGCGGAGCAAGCCCAUCAUCCUCUCUUUUGGGGCUGCCAGCUCCUGCCAACAAGUUUGGCGCCACCACUCGCAUCACAGCGUUCACUCCCAAAUUCGGAUCGCUGGGUGCGCCGAGCACCGGGCUGGGGGGGCCGCGGCCGCCACCACCGCUGACAUCAGCCGCCACGCGGGCGGCGGAGGCGGCGGCACGCGUUCCCUCUCCCGAUCGAGAAUCGCGCGCGCCAAAAAGGAAAAAAGUGUCCUGGGUCGCCGAGCAGCAGCUGGUCUCCGUGCGCUGGUUCAGGAAGGAGGACCCUGCCUCGACUGUGCGAUCGGAGUCUGCCCUGCGCGAGGAAGUCACAGAGCCGCCGUCCGAGGCGGCGGAGCAGGCCGUUAGUCAUCCGCCGGGCUUCGAGUUGGCGGCGCGUGCGGAGCAUCAGAACGAGGCGGCGGCCAUCCGGCUCAUGGCCGACUCGGCUGAGAUUGACGAGGAGGAGGUUGAAGUGCCAGAAAUGGAGUUGCACCUGAAUUGGCAUGCGCCCCCCUUCUGCCGGGUCCCCCCGGAGGCAAACAGCGCCCCUACUCCUGAGCCCAGCUGCGGCGAGGAGUCGAGAGAGAAGGAGCGGCUGAGAGUGCGCUAUGGCUACAUCGAGCCCGUGCACUACGGACCCGGUGGCCGGCAUCCGCCGGACUCCCCAGAAGAGCCGCCCAAUGAGGCGCCCUCUUUGGUGCAAGAGAAGAGGAUGCCUCUGCAGUCCAUGGCCCCGCCAGAUCAGGCUCCUCAGCUAGCUGCGCCAGUGACAUCUCCUCCCAUGCAGCACCAGCAGCCUUACUACCAGCAGCCGCCACCUCAGCAGAUGACUCAGCAGCAGAUGACUCAGCAGGUGGCCCCCCACCAGCCAGCAUACCAGCCCCCCUUCUCGCAGCUGCCGCCAGCUCCCCAGCACCACAUGCAUCAGCAUCAGACGCAUAUGCAUGCGCCAGUGGACUAUGUGGAGCAGCAGCUGCAGCAGCUGCAGCAGCUGCAGCCGCCGCAGCAGCAGGGGUUCCCCCAGCAGCAGCAGCAGCAGCGGGGGAUCCUGGGCCACCCUCCAGUGGCCACCGCUGGGGGGCCCCAGUCCCUCCAGCCCCUCCACGCCGAAAAUGUCAUGGAGGAGGCGAGGCCGGGGGGUCCGGCAGGCAGGGGAGCCCGCGGUGGCCGGGGGGUCCCCGAGAGGGAGGACCGGCGGCCGGAUAGACCGUGGCAGCCUCGGCCCUGCGCCUUCUACAACCUGCACCUGGGAUGCUUCCGAGGCGACCAGUGCAGGUUUGCCCACGUGGCGUCCGAUGAGAGACCGGAGGAUAUUGAGCGCCGCGCCCAGAGUGUAUCCUCGGCGCCGCUCCAGCUCAUGCGCAAUCUGGCGCCCGGCGAGCACAUGCACAUCCGGGGGCCGUCGAUUUACAACCCGGAUGCUCCAGUGGAAGGCAGGGGGCCUAUGAGAGGGGCAGGCGGCUCAUCAGGGGAUAGCAGGAAGAGGGGGAGGGAUCGCCCCGGGCCGUGGGAACGCAACCCACAGCCGCGCAGAGAGCGGGAUCGGCAGUUUGAUAACUGA